AUGGAGAAUGGAGAAGUCCAUGCAAUCCUAGGCCCACAAUGGUCCUCACAAGCCAAAUUUGUAAUCGACUUAGGAGUAAAAGCUCAAGUCCCAAUCAUAUCCUUCUCCGUCACAAGCCCAUCCCUUUCUCCCACACAAAGCCAAUAUUUUGUUCGGACAGCCUAUGAUGACAGUUCACAAGUUGGUGCUUUAGCGGCUGUUGUUCAAGCUUUUGGUUGGAGGGAAAUAACUCUUGUUUAUGAAGACACUGACUAUGGCAACGGCUUGGUCCCAUACCUUGUCGACGCGUUCCAAGAGGUCGAUGCUCGGAUCUCUUAUAGAAGUGUUAUUCCUCCAUCUCCGGCAGAUAUCGACAUCGUAAAAGAGCUCAAUAACUUGUUGCUGAAGCAGACAAGAGUGUUUCUUGUUCAUAUGACUGCUGUGAUUGGGUCUAGGUUCUUUGUUCUAGCAAGUGAUGCGAGGAUGAUGAGCGAGGAGUUUGUGUGGUUUGUCACCGAUGGUUUGUCGUCUUUUCUAGACCCAGUCAGCUCUAAGGCUUUGGACUCAAUGCAAGGUGUACUAGGUGUAAGGCCACAUGUACCCUCAUCGGAGUCUCGUAGAGCUUUUGAAGAGAGAUGGACGAAGCUUUACGCCGAGAGAAAUUUACAUGAAGAGAUUGCUGAUCUCAAUCUCUUUGGCUUAUGGGCAUACGACACCGUUACAGCACUAGCAUUAGCAGGAGAGAUGGCAUGGGAGCCUGCAAAGUUUAGAUACUUUAACCGGAAUACGAGCAGCAACAAUCUCGCCUUUUCUUCUAUCGGGAUUUCGGAGAUGGGCCCGAAAUUGCUUGACAAAAUUCUAAGCAUCAAAUUUCCAGGCCUUAGCGGAGAAUUUAACUUGCCCAACGGCAAACUUCAGCCCAUUGCAUUCGAAAUCUUUAAUGUUGUAGGAAAGACAGAGAAAAUCAUUGGAUACUGGACUAAGGCACAAGGACUUUCACCUGAAUUGAACCUGUCAUCGAAGGUAAAUUAUACAGCUUUGGCCCAUGAUUUGAAGCCCCCUAUUUGGCCAGGAGAUACAUCAAAGCCACCGAAAGGUUGGGUGAUGCCGAUAGCAGGACAGCAACUAAGUAGUCUAGAAAAUAUUUAUGCAUGA